UUCAUGCAGAUCCACUGGUGAGUGAAAUCAAGUCGCGUAGGCUACGUGUUGGUGGGUGGUAUGCUGUUCCCUACACGGGUGGCAUCGUGACAAAACCGCAGUUUGCUCAAGAAGUGCAGUGUAGUUUCACUGUCUCAUUUAAGGAAAUUCCGAGAAGGCGCUACAGAAGUUUUGAAAGCCAGUGCAUGACCAUCUACACGAGGUAAGACACGUCCGCUCUUCUGCUACUGUAGUCACCGCAUUUGAGUUAUUUUUUCCAUUGCUGUAUUACUUUCAGUCAUAGAACGCGCUUUAAACCUGCCAGACCUGCUGUCACGAAAACCCGAGAUGAGCUCGUUUUAUUUUCAAUGGAUUUUACUCUCAGCACUUUGGAUUGCAGGGAGUCCGAUGCACAUCAUAAAUCGCAGGUCAUAUGCCAUCAGUGCUGGUCUUGCAUUUAGGAUUGAGUGCAACGAAGAGAGUGAAUUGCAGAAUGUGAGUGUGAGCUGGAGCCUUGUUCCCAGUCGGAGUCUGGAUAAUAUCAACGGAAUAAACACUAACGUCAACGAGCUCUGGUUUCUACCUGCUGACCUCUCCCACAGCAGAUCCUACUCUUGUCUCAGCAGAAAAGGCAAUGAAACCUGGGAAACAAUAUUUGAGGUCUGCGUUGAGAAUAAAACAUGCCCCCAUGUGAACAGAAAAGACGAAGUAACAAGCACAGAGGAACUGUCUUGUUUCCUUCCUCACAUCUUUGAAAUAGACCCUCAAGCUCAAGUGACCUGGAGAAAUAACUGCCACCCACUCAAUGUGACAAACAGUAAGGUUUUCCCAAUAAACAGAUCCCAGGACAAGGUUGGACUGUAUACGUGCUUUGUGAACUUUACUUUUGGAGGGAAAAAUUACUCUGCUGCCCAGACAACAGAAAUCUACAGCCACUCUUCAGAUUAUGUGGUGACAAAGCCUGAAAUCAUCUACCCAAAGCAAGAAACACAAAAAGUAACACUUGGUGAAAGUUGCACACUUAAGUGCAAAGCUCUCGUUGGGAAGAACGACAAUGGAGAAACUUUUAUUUACUGGUCUAGUGACUCUGAAUCUCUUGAUCCGACCUUCAACUUCAGCAUCGUGAAAGAGGGCGAUCGGGAGUACCUGCUGUCUGUUUUAUACAUCACAGAAGUCACAGAAGAAUAUUUCUACACUAAUUUCACCUGUGCGGUUCAACACCCAGUAGGUUCAGAUUUUGGAAAAGUCUUUCUUAUUCCAGCGAGUCAGAAUGAGCGUUAUUACUGGAUCGGUCUUGGUCUGGUGGCUCUGCUCAUAUUACUGUGUGCCGUGGUGUUUCUCUUUAGAGUCGAUCUGGUUCUGGCUUACAGAGCUGUUUGCUCGUCUGCUGCCGUAAGCAGCGAUGGCAAGUUGUACGAUGCGUAUGUGAGUUACCUUCAUGGUGAUCAGCACAGCUCAUCUUCUGCGAUGACGUUUGCCUUGGAUUUCCUUCCUGCGGUGCUGGAGGAUCUUUAUGGUUACAAACUCUUUAUCAGUGGUCGUGAUGAACUUCCUGGGGAAGCGGUGCAUGAAGUCAUUGCUGACAGAAUGAGCCGAAGUAGAAGGCUGAUCAUUGUUCUUACAUCACAGAGCUGUGUGUCGCCUCAAACCGACGCCAGCAAGAGCCUUUUAUCAGAUAAACUCCCCAUAUCAGACCAUGAUGUGCAAUUGAAAGAAACAACCACUUCCUUUGACCAAAUAUGGGCCGCUUACGAGCAGCGGGUGGGUCUCUAUGAUGCUUUAGUGAAGCAGGGUCUGAAAGUCAUCCUGGUGCAGGUGGAGGACGGGGUUGAAGAGGCUCUGCUGCCCGAAUCUUUGCAAUACAUCAGCCGCACUAAAGACAUCCUCAAAUGGAGGCAGAACGCCAGUGAUCGGGGGAACAGAAGCUUCUGGAAAUACAUGCGCUAUCGAAUGCCUCCAGCGAAACGGCGGAAGAACCAAGAGCUGACGGUGAUUUGAGAUCUCUUUGACACUCUACACAAGUACCUGAACUCGUUAUGAAUGUGUAUUGAUUACACAAGUCAAGUGUGCUGCGAGAAACACAAGAAUGCACACUGAGGGGCCGUUCACAAAGAAUGCAUUUUUCUAUUCCAGUGUGCUAGACCGUUAUGCUCGCGUCUCGCACAUGAGCGCCACGUUUUUAAGACGCCGUGUCAAGUGAAAAGAAUUUAAACCUUUCAGCGCCAUGCAGCGCCGCUCAUCAAUGUCAGUUCCACAGCAGUGGACCAAUCAGA